AUGGCGAGCCAGUUCAUCGGGCUGCGCAUGAGGGUCAUCCUCAAGGACCCGCCAGGCUAUCGUCUGACUGGCAUCGUGAGGGAUGUCGAGGCGGGCAACAGCCUCACUCUAACAAAUGUUUACAAUUCUGCCACCCAAGAGCGGACAGGCCAGGUAAAGAUUGUGGCGUCCAACAUUGCAGACCUGUCGGAGAUGGCGCGCGGCCGAGUGUCUCCCACGUCCUACACAGCUCCGGCACCCGAACCAAUCCCCGCUCCCGCGUUCACUCAGCCUUCCUCGCAGGCUACAUUCAUCGAUCCCGCCAUUCUGAGCAUGGGCCGCCGUCCAAUCUCGAGCACGCCAACCGCUUCGGCCCAGCAAUACCGGUCUGAUAAGGGUGGCUGGCCUAUCCCAGAGCCCGAGCCAGUGCCUUCCCCCCAGCGGGAGGGCAGCCAAGCUGCCAGACGGCCUGAGCAGGACCUGCUGGACUCGAUUAAAGGUCUCAAGGUCGACAGCCCAUCUAGGGAACAGAGCAAUGGCAGGCAGUCAGGCGUGUACGAAUCUCCGCUGCAGAAGAAGAAAACUCGAUCUCGGCAUACGAAGCAACCAAGAAGCCAUGGGGGCGAACAAGCUGCCCACGAAAUCGACGGCACGCCAGUGGCCAAUGUGCUGAGCGCCCACGGAAAGGGAUGGAGACAGACGCCCAUCCUGGAGAGCACCGCUUCGUUUCAGCCCUUCAACUGCCUCAAGCGCCAGGGCAAGGCCCGCAGAGGCCUUCAGGAUAACGGCUGGGCCUCGGAAGAUGUCACGGAGGAAAUGGGCGACUUUGACUUUGAAAACAACCUGGCCAAGUUCGACAAGCGAACCAUCUUCGACCAGAUGCGAAAAGAGGACCAGGUCGACGACGCGAGCCGCCUGGUCUCCCACAAUCGCCGCGCCAAGCCGGGGACUGCGGGGGGCAAAAACUUGCACAGUUCGGAGAACGUGCUCGACAUGCCAUCGAACGCGGCCCAGCACAACGACUUCUGGAACAGCGAGGCCGAUGUCGGUGUCAACGAGGAGGGCAGGCUAAGCGGGAGAGAGAACAGAAAUGGGCAGGGCUCUCGCAAGGCCAGCAACGUCAUGGGCGGCCAUCCCCUCAGCCGGGUUAACUCCACCCAACAAGUUCAGCAGCCAGGGCUCUACCUGGUGCCCUCAAACCGUCGCCUGGAGACCAUUUCUACGCUCCAGAUGCUCAACCUGGAGAACAUAGCGGCAAACGAGCUUGGCUUCAGCGAGAGCCUGAUGGCGGAGAAUGCGGGUCGCGGCAUCGCGGAGGUGGCAGUGACUGCCUUGGACGACCCGGCCAUGAAGGUUCGCUUUGGGCUUGCGGUGGCCGGCUCAUCGGCCGACGCCUCGUUGAACAGCUCGUCCAUUGUGAUACUGGCCGGCAACAGCAAGUCGGGCAUCCGUGCGCUGGCAGCGGGCCGGCACCUGCGCAACAAGAACAUGGAUGUCAUUGUUUGCCUGGUCGGCGUCGAACGCGAACGAGACUUGCUCGAGGAUCUCAGGCGCCAGAUGCAGCUGUAUCGAAGCUUCGGCGGCAAGGUCCUCGGCAAGAACGACUUUUUUGAGCAUCUGCGCAAGAGCUCGGCUUCUGGAUCUCCCGUCUCGGUCUCGCUCAUCAUCGAUGCGCUGCUGGGACUGACCAUCUCGUUUGAGGAGCUGAGGAUAGGGGAUCAGGCCACCGUAUACGAGUUGAUGGAAUGGGCAAACCGCAACGAGGCGUUUGUGCUCUCGGUCGACGUGCCGACGGGAAUCGACCCGACGACGGGCAAGAUUGCCAUUAUUGACGGAGGCCAACUGUACGUCAAGCCCCGCUACGUCGUGGCGAUCGGGGCGCCCAAGCGCGGGCUGCUCGAGGCCGUGACGCCGCCGACGGACAGCGACCUCGAGCUCCGCAACAACAACAGCAACGCGGCACAAGAGGACGAGUGGCGGUUGUUCAUUGCGGACAUGGGGCUGGGCAGCGCGGUGUGGAGAAAGGCCGGGACCAAGGUGCGGAGAGGCAUUGACUUUGACGGCAAGUGGGUGCUCGAGAUGCGAUGCCGAGGUGCCGAGGUCGAGUGA